CCCGCCGCUCUAGCCGGUCCUCGCUGCCCUCUCUGCCGCCGCCCUUCGCGCCCCGGGCCGCCCCACUCCCUCCUCCCGCGGCGGAUCCACCAGACAGCUAGGCCCCGGCCGGGGGCAGGGGGGACGCCCCCUUAGGGGCACCCCCCCGGCUCGGAGCCACCCGCCGGGAGCGGAGGAAGGAGCAGCCCCGAGGCCCCAGAGUCUGAGACGAGCCGCCCCCGCCGCCGCCGCCGCCGUGGGGAGGGGGGGGAGGAGGAGCGGGAGGAGGGACGAGCUGGUAGAAGAGGAAAAAAGUUUUGAGACUUUUCCGCUGCCGCUGGGAGCCGCAGGCGCGGGGACCGCUUGGCGCGACGCUGCCCAGCGAGGAGACAGGACUCGGGGAUCCCAGAUCGCCUCGCUGCCUCGGACGCUUGCUCCGUCCCUGCCCCCCCCGCCCCCGGCGUCCCUCAGGCACCCCACUCCGGACCAGCCCUCAGGAAACGCUAACCCGACCACCGCGAAGACUUGACCCAAGACCUUGGGCGCACCCCCUGCACGCUCCCCACCCCCAGCCUCUCUCCCGAGCCCCCACGUCCAAGAGCCCUUGUCCUCCGGGAUCGAGGCAGAACCUCUGACCUGUCUCCGCUCCCCGGUUCAAGACCACCCACCUCUGGUACGAGAUCGCUCCAUCUCGGGUUUUUCCGUAGGACAACCAGCAGCCGCUCACCAGGACUCCCUGCUCCCUGGGACCUCACCUCUGCCCCUCCCCGCCCCCCCUUCACCCUCUGACUCUCCUACCUUUCGUCGGGAGACCCCCACCCCCAGCCCCAGCGGGAGCGGAGCCUCCCUUUCCCCACAGCAGCCCGGCCCGCGCUCUCCGCAGUGCCGGGGGGCGCAGCCUCCCCCAUGCCGCCCUCCGGGCUGCGGCUGCUGCCGCUGCUGCUGCCGCUGCUGUGGCUACUAGUGCUGACGCCUGGCCGGCCGGCCGCCGGACUGUCCACCUGCAAGACCAUCGACAUGGAGAUGGUGAAGCGAAAGCGCAUUGAGGCCAUCCGCGGCCAGAUCCUGUCCAAGCUGCGUCUCACCGAGGCCCCGAGCCCGGGGGAGGUGCCGUCCGGCCCGCUGCCGGAGCGCGGUAAUGCCCCUUUUACAACACCGAUGAUGGAAGAGAAGGGUUUUAGAGAGGAGGAAACGAACCCAGAGAGAGCAAGCCACUCAUCCAAGGUCAGGGUCGGACUCCAACCCAGGCGGUCAGCUCUGGAGCCCAUGCUCUUCACACUUGGGGUGCAUCAGCUCCCCUGCCACUGCCACACCCCUGACAUCCCCCUUCUCCACUCCUUCUGCCUAGAAAUCUAUAAGAAAUUCAAGCACAACUCACACAGCAUAUAUAUGUUCUUCAACACGUCGGAUCUCCGGGAAGCAGUGCCUGAACCCCACUUGCUCUUCCGGGCCGAGCUGCGCCUGCAGAGGCACAAGUUGAAAGUGGGGCAACACGUGGAGCUGUACCAGAAAUACAGCAACAAUUCCUGGCGCUACCUCAGCAACCAGGUGCUGGAUUCCGGCGACACGCCUGAGUGGCUGUCCUUUGAGGUCACUACAGUUGUGCGGCAGUGGCUGAACUACAAAGGCGAAAUCCAGGGCUUUCGCCUCAGUGCCCAUUGCUCCUGUGACAGCAAAGAUGACACACUCCAUGUGGAAAUCAACGGAAUCAGUAUGGGCCGCCGGGGUGACCUGGCCACCAUUCAUGGCAUGAACCGGCCCUUCCUGCUUCUCAUGGCCACCCCGCUGGAGAGAGCCCAGCACCUGCACAGCCCCCGAAACCGCCGAGCCCUGGACACCAACUACUGCUUCAGCUCCACGGAGAAAAACUGCUGCGUGCGGCAGCUCUACAUCGACUUCCGCAAGGAUCUGGGCUGGAAAUGGAUCCACGAGCCCAAGGGCUACCACGCCAACUUCUGCCUGGGGCCCUGCCCCUACAUUUGGAGCCUGGAAACGCAGUACAGCAAGGUCCUGGCCCUAUACAACCAGCACAACCCCGGCGCGUCGGCGGCGCCCUGCUGCGUGCCGCAGGCGCUGGAGCCCCUGCCUAUUGUGUACUACGUGGGCCGCAAGCCCAAGGUGGAGCAGCUGUCCAACAUGAUCGUGCGCUCCUGCAAGUGCAGCUGAGCCCCCUACCCCUCCCGCCCCGCCCCCGGCAGGCCCGGCCCCGCCUCCCCUUCCCCCUGCCCGUUGCGCUGGGCUGUAUUUAAGGACACCGCCCCCCUCCCCCCCUUCUCCCGGCCAAGCCCACCUCGGGGCCCAUUAAAGGUGGAGAGAGGA